UUUUCCCCGUGGCAUGUGUUUGAGUUGCAGCAGAAAGGAAAUGUGUCAUCUGUGGUUUGGUUUUAAAAGUGGAAAGCUAGCUGUACGUAUCCUCUUAAAAAAACUGCAGAUUUAGUAGUCUCCAAACUAUUCUACUUAAAAUAAGAAGAAAAGAAGUGGUUUAUUAAAUAAAGAUUGUGACAGAGCAUUUUGUAAGAUAGCAGCACACCUGUGGGCAUGGAGCACACAGGACAGUACCUGCACCUUCUUUUCCUCAUGACAGCAGUGUGUUCCUCAUCUCCUGGAACAAAAGCAAACUAUGCACACCCGAGGACUAACAACAUCUCUGCCUGGGCUUCCAUGAAUCCAAACAGCACAAGUAGACCUCUGAGUGAGACCAACACAAGCCCCGUAACUCCCCCAGCCGUGGAUCACAGAAUGAGUCCUAAAAACAAGCCUGCCUCAUCUGCCACUGUGCCUGCAGCCCCUACAUCUACCCCGAAGACCUCUGUGCCCCAGGCCUCCAGAAACAGUUCUCCAACAGUGGAGAUCAAAAGUCAGGGGGAAAGUUUUAAAAAGGAUGUCUGUGAGGAAAACAACAGCAACACCGCCAUGCUAAUCUGCUUAAUUGUAAUUGCAGUCCUUUUCCUUAUCUGUACCUUUCUAUUUCUAUCAACUGUGGUUCUAGCAAACAAGGUGUCAUCUCUCAGAAGGUCAAAACAAGUAAGCAAGCGGCAGCCUCGGAGCAAUGGCGACUUUCUGGCAAGCAGUGGGCUCUGGACUGCUGAAUCAGACACUUGGAAAAGAGCAAAAGAACUCACAGGCCCCAACCUCCUGAUGCAGUCUACUGGUGUGCUUACAGCUAGCAGGGAAAGGAAGCAUGAAGAAGGAACUGAAAAACUCAACUAGGCCAUGGUUUGGAAAGGAAAUGCAAAGCAGCAAUGAGGAAAGCCAAGUUAAAAAUAAAGCUGGCUGGAGUACUGCACAGUAGUGUUUGCUCAGACGAUCAAAAGUCUGACAAGCAGCUUAGCAUCAAACAGACCAGAACGGGAGAUGUAUGUCUGCUGAAGUUACUUAAAACUGCAUUUCUGUUUCACACUUCCUAUUUUCAAAAAAAUAAAUAAAACAACAGCAGCUGAAGAAACUAAUAAAUAAGAGGUAACUAGAUAUUCCUGUUCAGCAGUGAAUGAUCUGUCUGAAUGUACAUGAACUUGGAAGAGUUCUAUGAAGCCCUUAGAGCCAAGCAGAUGCCACAGUGCCUAGCAGGAUUCAAAUUCCUAACAUGUAUAGAACUCAACUGUGUAACAUGAUCAAACAUUCUCACUAGAUGACAGAGAACCCACACCAGUUUGUAUCUUAGCACAGCUAAUGUUAGGCUACUUUACAUAAAGUACAAGACAAAAGCGCUUUUCUACUACACAUAAUAAAUUAAAACUUAAUUUUGAACAAUAAACAGAUUUUAGAACAAAGCUGA